CACUUCCUGACAAAGAUAAAAAUCGGUCCAGGUUUGAAGACUUCCACCUGCUCAUUGACUUCGAGUCCGCGAUGCCUAAAGCACAAUCCUCUAACUCUCUUCCCGUAGCAAAGACGAGAUCCUCUCAUUCUCUCCCGACGCCUAAGGCGCGAUCUUCCCGCCAUCUCGUACUGCCCAGUCUCGAUCUACCCGGCGCCAAACGCGAAUUGCAAAGCCCUUUCACGUACAAAGCCAGGCCCAAGCGUAGCGAGAUUACAUCGUACCUGAAGAACUUAGAGCCAUUUGACACACUUCCCCGACUUCUCAUACCCACGAGCAGCGUUCCGUACAGACCACCUACUAUGUGCUACGGAUGGCGCGCCCCGCGGGCCACUCUAUUCCAGUUUGCACGCGAUCACAAGCUGCUGGAUCGCUCUGGUGGGAAAGUCAGCGAGAUCAGUUCUAUCAUACGCUCGUUCCCCGCUUUCAAGGAGGAGCAUUGGCCCUCGAUACACAAAGACUUUGUACAGCUGGAGUGGACAAUGCUGGGUCCUCGGGACGAUACACGAUUGUUGGUCGCAGUCUAUACCAACUUCGAUUUGAAGCGGGAAGACUUGCCGGACGAGGAUGAUGUGGAGAGCGUCCGGGCAGCCCUCGGGGUCGAAGGGCCACCUCGGUGGCACCUUGCUGGCGAUUACUGGGGUUGGCGGCACUGGUCAGAGUAGUGGGCCGUUGCUUGGCUCUUAUACCUUCAUUCAUGUCCCGUCGCAUUGUCACAACUCUCACCAUACUGUCACCGACUACACAUAGUUUGUAUCAUAGAACUCAUUGUCAUAUUGUAUGUACCGGAUACUGGAUUGCUUCUGCUUGUUCAUUGUGCGUGUGUAUGACUGCAGUUACUAGCAGUGUGUACGUCGUUGGAUCUACUUUUGCUGACC